GAAUGAGAUCAGUGUUGUUCUUCCGCUUGAACACACUUAAACCUGUUUGUCAAAGAAACUCAAUCACUUCGUGUCACUUGCAGUGAACCCAGACCUGAAAGAAUCGUAGCAAUUGUCAACAGCAAGUACCCAAGAGUCCAACAAAGUCACUGCCUUAAUGAGGAUGAUAAUUAAGGGAUGAGAAGAGGAAAGUCAAGAUGGCAGCUGAGGCCACACAUUACCAGGUUUCCUUACCUCGGAGCUGUACCCCAAGGAAGAGCACAGCACCCAGCCAGCUUGGGCCAUGCAUCGGCAAGGCAGGUUUGUACUCCAUGGGUAACUUGUUCCAGUUCCUCAAUAACCGGAUGUAAGACGAGUCUCUCAAAGCCUUCCCAGCACAGCAGAGCAAAUUCCUUUCCUUCAGCUUGGCUUGCAAAGCAAUGUGAGCACUCUCCUGCUUGAGUCAGAGAGCACUCGCUGCCCUUGCACUGAAAGGCAAGGUGCGGCCAGCACAGCUCAGCUCUGUGGGUACAACAGGGAGACUUCCAAGCCUGCCUCAGUGAUGCCCCUCUGAUGUGCUAUUGAAGAGCAAGGGAAGGAAGAACACAAGGAUGAGGUUGGAGCAGUCCUUGCCUCUCCUGGGAGGACUCCUGCUGUGUGCGGCUGGCACCACAGCUCAGCAGGACGAUACCGAAGCACAAGAGGAAUUCCUGGUGGAGAUUUCUGGAACCACAGUGACAAUCACAUGUCCCUUGACUGAAGGCACCAUAGCCUGGCACUCAACUGGAACAAAAGGAGUCAGCGAUGCACAGAAGUAUGUUAUAGAGAAUCACGACAGCUCUCCUGUCAGCCUGAGCUGUUCAUCAGGUCCUAAGAAGUAUGAAAUGUACCUGAAUGCCAAAGUGUGCACAAACUGUGCGGAGCUGGAUGCCUUGGCAGUGACAGGGAUCAUCAGCGCGGAUCUUCUCAUCACCUUCGGGGUGCUCACGCUGGUCUAUUACUUCAGCAAAGACAGGAAGGGGAGAGCGAGCCCUGGUGCUGGCACUCGGCCACGAGGUCAGAAGAUGCAGCGUCCUCCCCCUGUUCCAAACCCAGACUACGAGCCCAUCCGGAAAGGCCAGCGGGAAGUGUAUGCAGGCCUGGAAUCCAGGGGCUUCUGAAAUUCCUGCUGAUGCCAGGCUGAAAAACAGCAGCAAAGGGGCUAAGUGCUCCUGCCUGGCUUGGCAUUUUGGGAUAAGGCAGCUACUACACAGGACUGCCAUCCGCUGUCCCACCCUGAUGUGUUCUUUCCACCUUCAGUUUGACAUAAGGGAAAAGAAACUGGUAAGCACAUUGGCAAGAGUUUUGCUCCUCAUUAAAGGACU